CCACACAACGGAUAUACCAUGAAGCCGUUAAAUCUAAAGACAAUUUACACGACAACUCCGAUCUUCUAUGUCAACGCAAAACCACAUUUGGGCCAUUUCUACUCCAUGACUCUUGCGGAUGUGAGGAACAGAUGGUGUAAGCUGAACAAAAAAGACACCUUUUUCACCACAGGAACGGACGAGCAUGGCCUGAAGGUGCAGAAUGCUGCACAGGCAGCGAAUGUCGAUCCAAAGCUCUUUUGUGAUAAUUUGGCUGCCAAGUUCAAAGAGCUGGCCGUGGUAGGUAACAUAAAAUACAAUAGAUUUAUAAGAACCACCGACCCGGACCAUUAUGCGGCAGUGAAUCAUUUCUGGAACGUCGUCAACAAAAACAACUUUAUCUACAAAGGAAGACACAGUGGGUGGUAUUCUGUUUCGGAUGAAACGUUUUAUGCCGAAACCGAUAUUGAAGAAUCCACUGAUGAGAAGACUGGUGAAAAAAUAAUGAUUUCAAAGGAAACUUCAAGUACCGUCCUUUAUCAAUCAGAAGAUAACUACUUCUUCAGGCUUUCUGCGUUCCAGAAACAGCUCUUACAGUAUCUGAAAGAAAACCCGGAUUUCAUACAGCCCAGAAAAUAUUAUGACUUUAUAGUAAACGAAUUGGAGACAAGAGAGCUUACUGACUUGUCGAUUUCAAGACUCUCAUCACGCUUACAAUGGGGAAUUCCUGUCCCCAAUGAUGAUUCACAAAGGAUAUACGUCUGGUUCGAUGCGUUGAUAAAUUAUUUGACCUCGGAGGGGUACCCGACAGCAGCCGAAAUGCCAAGACCUACACAUCUUAUUGGUAAGGAUAUCAUCAAAUUUCAUUGUAUAUAUUGGCCUGCAUUUUUGCUGGCUGCAGGACUGCAAAUGCCUAAGCAAGUUUUUAUUCAUGGUCAUUGGUUGAUGGGAGGUCGUAAAAUGAGUAAGUCGAGAGGAAAUGUGGCUGAUCCAAUCGAGAUCGCCGAUCGCUAUGAUGCAGAUUCUUUGAGACUUUUUAUGAUGAGAUAUUCCGUUUUAGACACAGAUGGCGACUAUAACGAGGAAAGAUUAAACACUUUGAGGAGCGAGUUCAUUGAUAAGUUCUGCAAUUUGAUGAUGCGUUCAUUGUCAAAAAACUUCAAAAUAGAAAGAGCGUUGGAAAGACUUCAACAUGAAAGCUUGGAAUCUUUGUGUUCAAAACUAGAUGAACCUCAGUUUCAGAAAAGUCUUGAAUCUAUCAGAAAAGACAUCAACUGUUUGAAAAUAGACAUCGAUGAUGACAUUACCAAUUUCAACAUGCAUAAAGCUCUGUCUAAAAUUUUCAGCACCGCUCCUAUGAUAAAUGGGCUUUUUGAUUCAUAUGAACCAUGGACAUUAAAGGUAAAAUCGUCAGACGCUGAAAACGAUAAAGAAUCGAAAACGCUCAAACAAGAUCUGAUAAUUUUCACUGCUCUUGAUUCUUUGAGAGUUAUUUUGAUUUUGUUAGAACCCUUCAUACCCCAAUAUUCGGCUUUGCUUCUUGAUAGACUGAGAGUUGACAAAGAAAAAAGAACUAUUGACUAUGCAGAGAUCGGGAAGGACUUGACAUACGGUAAGGACGCAAUAUUCAAGAAGGGAAGUACUGUUCCUUUAGCGAAGAUCGAGUUUUCCCAAAAGUAAAUUCGUAGAAUAAAUUAAUAGAGUAAAACUUGUACAUAUCUUGUUAUUUAGCAACUAAAUCUUACAAGUUCGCAUUUCAGU